CCCUCCUCCUAUAACAAAAGUGUUUAUUGUUUCCCCUCCAGGGCCUCCACUCCCCCAUCCUGUUCUAUUUGCGAGAAAUGCAUAGGAAUUCCAAGAGAAAGCUUCAGUGUUCCAAUGGAAACCCUGAGAAAAAUCCUAGAAAAGCAAGUUUCAAUGUAUCCGAGCCAACGUACAAUCGACCAACUCCUGAAGAAUGCAGACUUGUUAGAGACAAAUUAAUGGAUUUUCAUGGGUUUCCUGAAGAAUUCGCCAAAUACCGCAGAACCCCUCUUCUGGGUUCUCCUCAUUCUACGGUUUCAACCCAUUCAAACCCUACUGAGGUAAAAUCUGAACCGUUGGGUGAUGAAGAUGAUGAUGAUAAGUUUUUCUUAACAAAGGAGACUGUUUUGGAUGGUUUAGUACGAACCCUAUUAUCACAGAAUACAACUGAGAUUAACUCAGAAAGAGCUUUUGAUUCUCUCAAAUCUGCUUUUCCAACUUGGGAAAAUGUUCUUGCAGCCGAGUCGAAAUAUAUAGAGAAUGCAAUAAAAUUUGGUGGUUUAGCUGUGACAAAAGCUGCUUGUAUUAAGAAUUUAUUGACUGGUUUACUUGAAAGGAGAGGGAAAUUAUGUUUGGAGUAUUUACGGAACUUGUCAAUUGAUGAUGCUAAGAAGGAGCUUCGUGGGUAUAAAGGAAUUGGACCGAAAACUGUGGCUUGUGUUCUGAUGUUCCAACUUCAGCUGGACGAUUUUCCCGUCGACACUCACGUAUUUAGGAUCACAAAGGCUAUGGGUUGGGUGCCCGCCAGCUCUGACAGAGAAAAGGCAUACAUUCAUCUCAACAAGCGGAUACCCGAUGAAUUAAAAUUUGAUUUGAAUUGUUUGUUUGUCACACAUGGGAAGCUUUGCCAGAGAUGCAAAGGAGGGGAAGCACGUAAAAACACCUCCCAUGAUGACCAACCUUGUCCUUUGUCCAUUUACUGUUGCAGCACUGACCAAAAAUAAAUGAAUUAUCUUUCUGUUUCACCUUGUUCUCUCUUUUGGUCCAUGAGGUAUUAUUCUUUGUUGAUUUUGUUUCCUUGGGACUGUGCAGACUAGAAGUAAUAGUAGUAGCACAUGAUUCAUGCCUUUAAGCGGUUGGUGGGAACAACUUUUUAAUCCACUGUGAUCAGAGUGAUAAUUCAAUGGAUUACUCAGGAAGAGUUGAUCAAGUGACUGAACCAGCAAGAAAUUAGUGUACCACAACAUAAUUCACUGUCACAUUUUAGUUUUGCUAGAAUAAGCUAGACAGAGAAUUAGGUCAAGUGGAUGGGAGAGAAAGUAAGUGGGAACUGAUGAGAGUAUGAGUUAUCUCCUUGAAGUGAAACUUGAAAGUAACCCACAACUUGAGGAUAUGGAUUUUUUAGAAAAAAAAUAACAACACAUUCAAAUAUCUUUUAAGUGAGGUCCAAUCAGGAGAUGUCUUAAACAAUGCUUUGCUUAUUUAUUCUAAUUAGAGGUAAUAAUUUCAGUUAAUAUGAAUUCAUUCUUUUUGGUAUAAAAUAUAUGUUGUGCUUGCUUUAAGAUAUGCUAAGAUCUCUUGAAGACUUUUACUAGUAUAUAUGCUUACAUCAUUGUCCACUUCUCAUAUUCUUUUGUGUCAACGACUUGUUACAAUUCGAAAAGAUGUUUGAAACAAAUUGUUAGAAGAUUUAUUAGAGGCUUAUAGUAGGAAUGACAGAUGUAAAGUAAUCGUAGUACUGUAUAAUUAAUAAUCCAUCUUUAUUUCAAAGCUUGCUGCGAUCUAUUGGAUGGAAAUGGGAAAUGGGUGCACAGGUUUAGUAAAAUAUAGCGCUCUCAUAUUGUGCGUAUAUGAAGGUAGACGACAAUGCAUAAAUCUAAUGGCUCAUUAGUUGGUCAAGAAAAUGACCUUUACUACUGAACUGAAUUAUAUAUUUCAAGCUCAAGUACUCCUUCCUGGUGAUUGAAUCGCCAAUCCUUUUGACUUUGUGAUUAUUAAAUGUUUCAAGUGUUCAGUGGUUGCAGGCCAAAUUGAAUAUCUCCCCAAUAAGAAACUGGAUCAGAUUGAUGGGAGUAAGUAUGAUUCACCUAAACUAUGAAAAUGAUUUGACUUUAACCCCCAGAAUUGCGUGAUGCCUGGGUUCACAUUUGUUUUGUUUUUUUUCCCUCCUUUGUGACACCUUCCAGGCUUUUGUAUUUUUGAACUGUUAGGAAAUAAGAAAGUAAUAUCUGUUUUUCGUUGUAUUAUGGCACCUUUUGAGUUUGCUAUAAAAGGAAGUGAGAGCACCUAAUUACUCUGUGCAUUAGUUUUAUUUAAGAUCUUGAUAUCUCCCUUUUGAAAGAUAUGGAAAAAGAGGCAGCAGACAAACAGAGUUUCGCUUCUGGAUGGGGUGAGAAUGCUAGCUUCCAUGUUAAUCGCCGUGGUGAAGAGAAGAAGCUACGAUUGUUCGGCUUCGAGGUUGAUCCAUAUACAAAUAAUGCACUGUGUUCAAGAAGAUCCGGUGGAAAAGAUGAAAGUGUGAAUUCUUCAAAUUGUGUCUUGCCUCAGAAGGAGAAGCCUGUCAAAGUCACAACUCAUCUAAGUGAAGUGAACACCAAGAAGCAUGAAUGUCAAUUUUGUUUCAAGGAGUUCUCAAACUCGCAAGCAUUAGGAGGUCAUCAGAAUGCUCACAAAAAGGAGAGACUGAAAAUGAAAAAGCUGCAGCUUCAAGCAAGGAAGGCAAGCAUGAAUUUUUACCUACCACAACCUUUACAAGGUUUCAAUUACUACUGUCCUCCUUUGUUUUAUGAACCUCGAUCAUGUGUCCCAAGUUUUGGACUCUUUGGAGGCUCCCAAAUUACUUUCAAGCCAUACAAUCAGAAUGUGUCCCAUGAGAACAGGUCUGUUGCUAUCAAGCCUUCUUCAUCUUUGCAUGUUCCAAAGAAAUGCUUUAAGAGUUGACAUCUCUAGCUAUGUACACUGAAACAUCUGCAGUCUCAGAAUAGAAACAUGGAAGUAAUAGAUUGUUGUUGCAGAGCUUUAAAUUUCAACAGUAUGUGCAUUUAAGAGUUCUUUUGGUAAGCAUGCAAAAUGUAAUGUGUGACUGUAUAUGUAAGUACCCUUGUAAAAACCUUUCUUUAUUUGCAUAUAGUUCCAAUUCUGAAGAUCAAAAACAAACUACAAGAAUUUGUAUUUCUUAUUCCCCCUAUGUUUUAUAUGUUAAGUUAAAUCUACAUUUUCAUGUUUGACGUA